GACGGUUCUGGCUGUGUUUCUAGGGGAGCAUUUUCAAAUGAAACACACAAUUUAUGACGUUUUUUUUGGAUAAACAGUAGACAAAGUCAGUCUGCUGUUGUUUUUUUGAAACUGAGAAUGUUGGUGAACGUUGACUCUGCGACGUUUUGGUAGCUUGUUUCGGUGAAUAUUUUCAUGGUUAGGACCAUGGAGCGCUCAGCCAGCAUUAAUGCGGACCAACCCGAGCAGCUUGGUUCUAAUGGUGGUUGUGUUAAAUGGCGCAACUGGUGCGGCUUUUGGCUCCUUGGACUCUGCAACAAUUUUGCUUAUGUGGUCAUGCUGAGUGCAGCUCAUGACAUCCUCGUAAAGCAAGAAUCAAAAAACUCAACAGCGACUGCCUCAGAUCAGCUGGCUGUGGGUCUCCGAGCUGGAAACCGUAGCAACAGCAGUCGCUACGACUGCAGUCCUGUCAGCACAGGGGCUGUGCUGCUGGCUGACAUUCUUCCAACACUCUUCAUCAAGAUUUCGGCUCCCUUUGUGAUCCACAAAGUUCCCUAUGGUUUUCGGGUGCUGUUUUGUGUCGCCAUGGCAGCAGCAAGUUUCCUGUUUGUUUCCCUUUCCUCCGCUGUGUGGCUAAGUAUCGUCGGAGUGAUCUUUGCCAGUAUAAGCUCUGGCCUGGGGGAACUAUCAUUCCUGUCACUCAGUGUUUUCUUCAACAGGGAUGUUCUGGAAGGCUGGGGUUCUGGGACCGGUGCUGCUGGUGUUACUGGUUCCCUCCUCUAUGCAGGCCUCAUCCAAGCACAAGUCUCCCCCGAGACCACACUGCUCAUCAUGCUAAUUGUCCCGGUUGCAAUGCUAGUUAGCUAUUUCUUUCUGCUGGUUCCUGAACCUUCUCUACCUCAGUGGAGCAGGUCGGAGACAGAGUGUCCACCUGUGGACUCGGAGGAACGACAGCGACUGAUGGACGAAUCAGAAGAUGACCUGGAGACACCAGCUCCAGAGGACAGGACCAUGGGACCGGUCACCCUGCAGGAGAAGUUAGCCGUCAUCAAGGGCUUGUUAUUACCGUUUGUUAUCCCUCUGGGACUGGUCUACUUUGCUGAGUACUUCAUCAACCAAUGCUUGAUGGAGCUCCUGUUUUUUCACAACUCUUCCUUAUCACAUGCGGAACAGUAUCGCUGGUACCAGACUCUGUACCAGGUUGGUGUGUUCGUGUCCCGAUCCUCUCUGCGUUUGAAAAAGUUCAGGAAAACUUGGAUUUUCUCGCUACUGCAGGUGGUGAACGCAGUAUUCCUCAUCUUUGCUGUGCUCUUCCAGUUCCUGCCCAGCAUCUGGAUUGUCUUUGUUAUAAUUCUCUAUGAGGGUCUGUUGGGUGGAGCAGCCUAUGUAAACACCUUCCACUUCAUCAGCAAGGAGACUGAGAGCAGAUACAGAGAGUUUGCCAUGGCAACGUCCAGUGUGGGAGACAGUCUGGGAAUAGCUGUGGCUGGAGCUGCAGCUUUCCCCACACAUAGCUACUUCUGUUCCCUGUGAUGAAGCGCCUGCACCCCCCAGCUUGAUAAAUAACCAACACAGAGGAGGACUCUAAGUUAACAAUUUCUUUAAAGAUUGGGACUUAGAGCAAAACACAUAACUCUUUCAUAAAAAUCCACAUCUACACAUAAAGAAUGCCCCCUGAAUUCAGCAGGACCAGGUGCUGAAUCCUCUGCAGUUGAGAAGAAAACUGACAUCAGCAGAACUGUUCUGACAUUUGAGGAUUCACAAGUCCAGAUGGAAAUACUGACAACAUUGAGAACCUCUGCCUCAUAUUGUGUCAGCCCCAGACAACAAAUUUAAGAAACUAAUUAAAUAAUGCGUUGUUACCCGGAGCUACUUCGACUGAAUCCGUUUCAUGUCAUUCAGUGACAGUUUAACUUUGAUGUGAAGUCUGAUGUCCUUCGUACAGAUGAAUUGUCUGAAGUGUAUUCUAUGAUCAGUCAGUCAGUAACAUCUUCAGGAGGGAUGACACAGGCUCCUGUCAACUGGAACAUUUGCUUAAAAGCAAAUUCUGCUGCAUUCUUUUGAAACAUUGAUGUUAAAAAAUAGCUCUUCAUGUCUGCGUUUUAAAUAUCUUCACAUUUUCACUGUUAACUGACACUGGUGUGGUAGUGUUUGAUUGAUAAAAGCUCUUACUUUCCUGCAAACGUCCAUCAAUAGAAAUGGAAAAUAUUAACCUUUGACUGGGACACAGACGGCAGAGAUGCAGCAAGCACCUUGUUAAAUCUAGAAAUCAAGUUUGUUUGUAGAGCACAUUUCAGCACCAAGGCAAUUCAAAGGGCUUAACAUGAUAAGCACUUUGUGGUGCAUAGAAGCUGAAUGCUGCUUCUCCAUGUUUGGUUCUGGUUCUGGAUGCAGAGCAGAAUCAGAAUCAGAACCAGAACCAGAAGACCUGAGAGGUCUGGAAGGUUGAUACACCAGCAGAUCUUUAAUGUGUCUAAGUUUUUCACUGAUUUAUAAACAAACAACAGUAGUUCUUGACAUUGUUUGUUGUAUUUAAAUAUAUGCCAGAUAGAAUUGAAGUCUUAUUUUAAUGUUAGUUUUAAACAGGUUUAUUUGUACUAUUAGUUUUAAAGGUUAACUUCUUUCAGGUUAACCAGGUACUGGGCCUGUAGACAGGACAAUGGUUACUAUUUAACAUUCCUCAUCAAAUAAACUUGAAAUACAUCAGUUGCUCAGUAGAUAUUUAUAGAUAUUAGAAAAGCACUAAUAUGCCAAUAAAUAAAACUUUGGAAAUGGAAAAACCAAAAAAAAAAAUUUCAGUAAAUUAUAUCCUAACCUUUAGACUUAAGCUGGAAGCUCUGUCAUUCUACAUUGCCUUCAAAAAGGUUCAAUCAGGUUUUUGCUUCAAAGAUGGGCCUUUACUACCAUUUUUUGUUUCUUCUAGAGGCUGUACAUUCUUUCCUUUUUAGCACUCAUUGCUACAUUAACUGCGUUAAACUUUUGGGAACUUUUGUAUUGAUUGUAAGGGUGUCAGUGGUCCAACUGGAUCAAUGAACCCACCCGUUGAACAAUGUUCAGAGCUUUAAUGAGUCAAAUUUAAUCCGCUUUCAACUUGUAGUUAUGAACAUACAAUUAGUUCAUUACUCACAAGAAAAUAGUUCUAUCAUGCACCGAUAAGCUUUUUGAAGAUGUCUUGUGUUCUCAGAAAUGUCUCCAAAAACGAACCAGUGUGCUCAUUCCUACUGUUGUGAUCAUGCCAUGGCUGACAUGCUUUAUUUUUAUCAUGAGUGUGUGUAUGAUUUUAUGCCCAUGUCUUUGUUGAAUAAAGAAUGAGUUUUUUUUU